CCCCCGCCCGCCUGCUGCCCUGCGGCCACACCGAAGACUCCCUUAGCAACAACGCACAGCCGCGUCGAAUAAACACUCCAGAGAAGACGGAUUAAAACACCGCCGCUUUAUUGCACCGAGUACAGGCUCACCUUUUUCCCCCGUGCGGACGCGGUGCUCCGGUUGUUUCUGCCGUUAACAUGGGGCUCGAGCACAGCUAGCGAGCUAGCCUGUUUUGGCUAGCGACCACCCACCCCCGAAGACGAGCGAAGCUGUCCCCCGAAGCAGGGCAACAAUCGUUUUGGGUUCGACCCGAGCGGUAGCAUCGCAGCUCGCUUAACUACCAAGUCAGCCAACCGGGAAUAAGCACGGGAAUGGUGCACGGGGUCGAUUCCCUGUACCGACAGAGAAAGGCGAGGGGCGCACGGGUCAGACCACCCGGCUGUGAUAUUUGGACGCGGACGGUUUUUAACACAGGGAGCGGCUGUUUUCGUGACCGUGCGAGCUAGCUGGCGAGCUAACCGAAACGACCCCCACCGCCUGCUUUCUCCUACCGCAGCCGGGACGAGGGCAGCACGCUGAAAUCAUCCGUUAAAUUGACACGAGGUUAAAGUAAAGCUCGCUGACGCCCAGAGAGAAAGAAAAUACGUCUUAGCAAACCGCAUCCCGAUAAACGCUCGCGUCAUUAACACCGCUAACGUUACUUCACUUUGAUACGUGACUCUAGAUUGAACCCUUUCGUUUUCCCACUUUGUUUUUCUUUUUUUGUUGUUGUUUUUGUUUCCUUCUCUUCGGAUGCUGGCAUCACAAAUCAAUUAUAACCAUGAUGAUAAUAAGCAGAAAACCAGAGGGCCCGAUAGCAACAGCGCGCCACGGUGAUGGUCUAUAUGACUCGUACAUGAGGACAGACCACAUCCUUAAGGACGAGGCGGAUACAAACAGUCCGGCCGGCCUGCCCCCCAUGCCCAAACACACAGUUGUCAGCAACAAGACUGUGAUGAGGGAGCAGGUCACCGUGAGAGGUGGCCAGCUGAAGGUGAAGUACAUGUACGAAGACUCCGCCAACAACCGAAAGAUUAACGCCAUAAGCACAGCGGCCACUCAGAACAGUGGGACCACAGGCGUGAUGCCCAGUAAACCGACCCCAGUCUCCAGCCUGUCCAAGGAGCACAGUGUAGACAGCACUGAACCCAGUAAGGGCUCCGGGGAUCCCUGCGGCCCUAACGCAGUUGCAAAUGGAGGGGGCGUUGGAAAGCUGUGUGGGCCUCUGACUCCCGACCAGGCUCUGAGACUGUACCGAUCUCAGCUGACCACCCUGGAGCAGGCGGAGAUCCACUCCUACCCAGAGAUCUUCUUUGUGGGACCCAAUGCCAAGAAGAGGCCUGCAGUCGCCGGCGGCAACAACAACUGCGGCUACGAUGAUGAACAGGGUGGAUACACCCACGUCGCCCAUGACCACCUGGCUUACCGCUACGAGUUCCUAAAGAUCAUUGGUAAAGGUAGCUUUGGCCAGGUGGCAAAGGUGUACGAUCACAAACUGCAGCAGCACCUGGCUCUCAAAAUGGUGCGCAACGAGAAGCGCUUCCACCGGCAGGCGCAGGAGGAGAUCCGCAUCCUGGAGCACCUUCGCAAGCAGGAUCGCAACGGCACGAUGAACGUUGUGCACAUGCUGGAAAACUUCACCUUCCGCAACCACAUCUGCAUGACCUUUGAGCUGCUGAGCAUGAACCUGUACGAGCUUAUCAAGCGCAACAAGUUCCAGGGCUUCAGCCUGCCACUGGUCAGGAAGUUUGCGCACUCCAUCCUGCAGUGCCUGGAGGCCCUGAGCAAGCACCGAAUCAUCCACUGCGACCUCAAGCCUGAGAACAUCCUGCUCAAGCAGCAGGGACGCAGCGGCAUCAAGGUGAUCGACUUUGGGUCCAGCUGCUUCGAGCACCAGCGGGUGUACACUUACAUCCAGUCCCGUUUCUACCGGGCCCCGGAGGUGAUCCUCGGCUCGCGCUACGGCCUCCCUAUCGACAUGUGGAGCUUCGGCUGCAUACUGGCCGAGCUGCUGACCGGCUACCCGCUGUUCCCUGGCGAGGACGAGGGCGACCAGCUGGCCUGCGUCAUGGAACUGCUGGGCAUGCCUCCGCAGAAGGUCCUGGAGCAGGCCAAAAGGGCCAAGAACUUCAUCAACUCCAAGGGCCACCCUCGCUACUGCGGCGCCAACACCUUGCCCACAGGGGCCACCGUGCUCACGGGGUCCCGCUCUCGCCGCGGCAAGAUGAGGGGUCCCCCGGGCAGCAAGGAGUGGAGCGCUGCACUCAAGGGCUGCGAGGACCCCACCUUUACUGACUUCAUAAAGAAGUGUUUGGACUGGGACCCAUCGUCGCGUCUCACGCCGACCCAGGCCCUCAGGCACCCGUGGCUGUAUCGGCGCCUACCCAAGCCCCUACCCGGAGCCGAGAAGAGCUACGGGGCCCCGGUGAAAAGGCUCCCCGAGCACCACAGCACCUCCUUCCCCUCGAUCCUGGCCAAAGGGGGGCCCGGCUUAAGCAGCACAGCCGUGAACAACAAACUGCGGAGCAACAUGUUGGGAGAUUCAGGGGACGGCAUACCUCUUCGCACAGUCCUACCCAAACUUGUCUCUUAAAGAGAGAGAGCCCGGUGAUCUCCUCUCUUCUGCCACCACGUCCUCUUCUGCACUCCUCAGGAGGAGUCAGGGCAGGACCAGGUGGAGACUAGGUUUUAAAAGUCGUUUGGUUGUUCUUUUAUUUGUUUUCUACUGAGGUGUCGACACCCCCAGUUGAUGGUUUUAAAAUUAGCUGAGCAGAGAGAAAGAGCGACAAUAAAAUAAACAGUUUUUAUAUAGAUUUCCUUGAGCGGCUGUGGAAUUUCCGUAUACAGGUGGGACUGAGGUUUGAUUUAGACGAUGCUUUUUAAAAAACGUUCUGGUAUGAGUGGACGGACGGCUUCAUAAAUGAGCAAAUGUUUUUAACCUGCGUGUGUUCUCACAUAAGCGGUGUGUGUGUGUUUUGGGUGAAGCACACCUGCAACGGCACUUGCCCCACUUCAGUCUUCUUAACACCGAGAGGACGGCUCCCUUUUCAUGGCAAGUGUUUAUUUGAGUGAAACUUGAAAAGGGCUACAGAGAUUAUUCUUAUCAUAUUAGAGCUGGCAAAGAUUCAUUCAGCCAACGUGAUUGAAUGGAAGGAAAUGAAAAAAGAACCGAGCUGUAGUGUACGGGCCCUGCGCCCAGUGAAAUCCUUUUCCUUCAUAUGUACAACAGGAAGGCCUUCACACAGGUAAUGAGGGGUUGGCAUUAUGUAGUGAAGAAUUAGAGAAACCCUUUUCUAGCAAUAAGUCUUCACUCCUCGCUCUUACCAGGUCCCCGGUGCUUGCAUGUCAACUCAAUCUGUGACACUGGUACGGGCGGGGUCCUCGUGGUGCUCUGUGGGUGGGCGUAUCAAGAGGGUGCAGGACCGCCUAUUUGCAGACCCUUCCUCGUUCCUCAGAAGAUUCUGGGGGCGGGUAGCUCCGACAUAUGCGUCCCCGUCACACUGGAUGCUUCACAAACCAAGCAUGCCGCGCAAGUCUGGCUCACAGAACUUUUUUUCUUCCUGGGGAAUUGUAGAAGAGUUGAGAGGACGGACCAGUGACAAGAGGUUUUUUUUUUUUAUAGACUCGUUUCUCAGGGAGACAUACUUGAUACAUCCUGUGAUCGUAUAUAUUUUACUCUGUUCCCCUCUGUCCCAACCACGGAUGAGCGUGCAUGUAUUUCCUGUCCGUUGAGAGAAUGCGUCCACUCGUCCGUCUGCAUGCUCCACAAUCUGACCCAGAUUCUCUCUCCUCCCCCCACAAUCUCUUCCGUCGUCUCUCUCUUCUCAUGUAGGGCAGGGAACCUCUUAAAACUCCACAUGUAUAUCGUGAAUUAUGGUGCUGUUCAAAACGCACACAACCACACACACUGGCGUCAGGUGCACGUUUCAUGGACCACACCGCUCAAAGAGUUCUUUCUCUUGUCCCUUGUCUCCUAAGUGAAUCUGUCAGGGAUUUUUACUUUUUUCUUCUUCUUUUUUUUUUUUUUUAUAGAAGUGAUUUCUAUUUGCUAAUCAGUCGAGAAUAUCAGAGGAUGUAAACGCUGAAAAAGAGAAAGCAGUAUACUGUCAUGUUGUUCCUAGUGGUGUGCGUUAGUAGGAGGGUGUUUGGUGUUCCAGCAUGAAAUCACAACCUGUUAUCAGACUGAGUGACUAUGAGAAGAGAAACUGUACAGUUACCAAAUGAAGUUGUGAUAGUUUCUUUUUCUAAAGAAAAUAAAAAUGAUUAUUAACUUA